CAGGGAGGCGCUGGUCCAUCCCGCUGCGCGUUUGCGCGUCCCCGAGCGGGCGCCGGGCGGAGCUUGGAAGCGGGGACCCGGCCAGGGUUGCCGCCCGCCCGGCGGGUCCAUCCGCCCAGCUCCGGGACCGCCGCGGGUCUGGGGAGCAGCUUGGGGUCUCUGACGCGAAGCUUGCUGCUCCUGUCUGUUAAACAGCAGUCCCUCGGCAGAGCUCACUAGCGAGUGCUACGGCUAGCUAGCGUCAGUGACCAAGGGAGUCGGAUGUGCAUGUAUAUAAGUCCUCUGUGUGUCACCAAGAGCAAAGAAAUGAAUCCAUCUGUGAAGGCAGUGACCUUUGAGGAUGUGGCUGUGGACUUCACCAUGGAGGAGUGGGCUUUGCUGGAUCCAUCCCAGAAGGAGCUCCACAGAGAUGUGAUGUGGGAGAACUUUAGGAAUGUGGCCUCUAUAGGAAGAAAGUGGGAUGACCAACAAAUUGAAGAUGAGUAUAAAAAUUACAGGAAAAAUCUAAGAAGUGAAGAGGUGGAGAAAUGCUGUCAAUAUAAAUUAUGGUAUCAACAUGAAGAAAUGGUUUUUAUGACUCCCGAUACUAAUGUGCACUUUAAACUGCUUGGUACAAAACCAGGUGAAGGCCUUGCCUGUAGCAAGCCCAUGAUUUGUUAUUCAUCACCAACCAUGCCAAUUAUAGAUAACACUGGACUCAAAUCACAUGAGAAUCCUGGAUUUGAACAGAAGGUAUCUAACUGUAACAGACAAUGGAAAUCCUGCACUGACGUCCAGUCGUUUCAGAACCAUGCAAAGACAAAUCCUGGAGUGAAACCCUAUGGAUGUAAACAAUGUGGAAAAUCUUACUCUGAUUGCACCGAAGGAAGUAAUGCUGAAGAGAAGUCUUUCGUAUAUAAGCAGGAUGUAAAAGCUGUCACUUCAGCCAAUUAUGUUCAAAUCCAGCAAAGAAAUCACAGGGUGAAUACUUGUAUACCUAUACAAGGUGGAAAAGAUUUUAAUUCUCACCAUGAUAUUCAGAAACAUGAAAGAGCUCACACUGGAGAAAAAUCCUAUGUGUAUAAACAAUGUGAGAAGUCCUUUACUAAUAACAAUUCAUUUGGUAAUCAUGAACAAACUCACACUGGGGAGAAACCGUAUGUAUGUAAGCAGUGUGGGAAAGCUUUCACCACACAAAGUUAUUGUCACAUUCAUAAAAGAACUCACACUGGGGAGAAACCAUAUGUAUGUAAGCAGUGUGGGAAAGCUUUCAGCCAACACAGUCAUUGUCAAAUACAUGAACGGACUCACACUGGUGAGAAACCCUAUGUAUGUAAACAGUGUGGGAAAGCUUUCAGCCAACACAGUGUUUGUCGAACACAUGAACGAACUCACACUGGUGAGAAACCAUAUGUAUGUAAGCAAUGUGGGAAAGCUUUCACUACACACACUUAUUGUCAAAUACAUGAAAGAAAUCACACUGGUGAGAAACCCUAUAUAUGUAAGCAAUGUGGGAAAGCUUUCAGUACACUUGGUAGUUGUCGAGUACAUGAAAGAACUCACACUGGUGAGAAACCCUAUGUGUGUAAGCAAUGUGGGAAGGCUUUUGCUAUACACAGUUAUUGUCAAAGACAUGAACGAAGUCACACUGGUGAGAAACCCUAUGUAUGUAAGCAAUGUGGGAAAGCUUUCAGCACGCAUGGUAAUUGUCGUGUACAUGAAAGAACUCACACUGGAGAGAAACCCUAUGUGUGUAAGCAGUGUGGAAAGGCUUUCAAGCAACAGAGUAAUUGCCGAACACAUGAACACACUCACAGUGGUGAGAAACCGUAUGUAUGUAGGCAAUGUGGGAAAGCUUUCAGCAAACACUGUCAUUGUCAAGUACAUGAAAGAACUCACACUGGAGAGAAACCCUUUGUGUGUAAGCAGUGUGGGAAAGCUUUCAAGCAACAGAGUAAUUGCCGAACACAUGAACAAACUCACACUGGUGAAAAACCUUAUGUGUGUAAGCAAUGUGGAAAUGCUUUUAGCACACACAGCGGUUGUGUAAGACAUGAAAAGAAUCACACAGGCUAGAAACUGUAGGGAGUAUAGAAAAGCCUUUGGUUACUGUAAUAAUCAUCAUUGAAAAACUAAGAAGAAAUUAACUUUGAAUAUAAAAAGUGACUUGUACUGACAUCAAAGGACAGUGCAGAGAAGCCUUUUCAUAUGCAAUGUAAAUCUGAGUACACAGGUAUCAUUAGAUAACUGAAAGAAUUCAUAGAAGAGAGAAUCUGAACAUAUGUGAACAAUGAGGGAAAUGUUUUAUUUUUCUUGGUGCAUUAAAGUACGUGAAUCCACCUAAGAGGGAAGCCAUGUGUAUGCAGUAACUGUGGGGAACCCUUCCAGUGUUCCACUUACCUUGACUAACAUGAGAGAGCUCCC